CCAACCUUGGCUGCUCCCUGCCCGGCUGCAACGCAGCGCUCCUCUCGCCGGGCUGCGCUCUCCUCCACGGCGAGCAUCCACCACGACUCCAAAUUGGUUUGUCAUUUCUGACCCUUCUCUCUCUCUCUCUCCCUCUCUCUCUCACUCACACACUCUCUCACAGUCUCUCUCCCAGUGUUGACCACGGUCUUCUGCUCCACAGCGCUCCUCCUCUGCGCCCGUGGACUUCAGCACAAGUCAGUACGAACAUAAAGACAACAAAAAAAAAGAUAGAGGGAAAAGGAGGGAGGGAUACGAGCAGCAGACGGUCAGAGAAAUACUCCUCCUCUGUCGUCCUCCUCCUCCUCCUGCGUGAGCGCGUAUCGGGAUACUGAACACACAGCCAUUGGUUCAUCACACAAGCUUUAAUUUCACCCCGUCUUUUUGGAAAGGUGUCGGGGUUUGUGUGUGUGUGUGUGCGGGAGCGAGAAUUAAUUACCCACGCAAUCAGAAUCGAGGCGCCAAGCAGUGAAAUCAUUUGUCGACUGGGGAAAGAUUUAUAUACAUUUUUUUUUUUUUUUACCCAAGACCUGCGUUGUUGUUCUGGGGGACUGUAUGACAGAAGGAGCGCAGAAAAAGGUUAUUCCUGACCGCACUCUGCGCUGGAUGUGCAGCACAUACACGCGUGUACGCCACUGCGAAGGGAGAUAUGGACUAGGACGUCCAGCUGCCAUUGAGAUAUGAUUCUCUGGGGUUUCAUUUCACGUUCAGAGAGCAAAAUACAUUAAAACAGGUCUGUAUGGUGUCAGGAACACUAAGCUGUGAGAGAAACAGCUCACCACAAGAGCGUCUGGGCUCAACAGGAAGUACCUCUGCAUCUACUUCCGGGUCAACGUCAGACGUCAUGUGGAUCAGAUGCCUGCUCUUCGUCGCAACUUUGCUUGCUCCACUUGCUAUUGCCGAUGGCCGUGCCCCUAUCCCCAUGGCAGUGGUGCGCAGGGAGCUGUCCUGUGAAUCCUACCCUAUAGAGCUGCGCUGCCCAGGCACAGAUGUUAUCAUGAUUGAGAGCGCCAACUAUGGCCGCACUGAUGAUAAGAUCUGCGACUCUGACCCUGCACAGAUGGAGAAUACACGUUGCUACCUGCCAGAUGCAUACAAGAUCAUGUCUCUCAGAUGCAACAAUCGCACACAGUGUGCAGUGGUGGCCGGGCCAGAUGUCUUCCCUGACCCCUGCCCAGGCACAUACAAAUACCUGGAAGUCCAAUAUGAGUGUGUCCCUUACAAAGUCGAACAAAAAGUUUUUCUGUGCCCGGGCAUUCUGCGAGGAGUGCAUCAGAGUGAACAUCUUUUUGAGUCAGAUCACCAGUCUGGUGCAUGGUGCAAAGACCCGCUGCAGGCCUCAGAGAAGAUCUACUACAUGCCCUGGACUCCGUACCGCACAGACACUCUGACAGAAUACUCGUCAAAGGAGGACUUCAUCGCGGGUCGUCCCACCACCACUUACAAACUCCCGCAUCGCGUGGACGGGACUGGCUUUGUGGUGUAUGAUGGCGCUCUCUUCUUCAACAAGGAGCGAACGCGCAACAUUGUCAAGUUUGACUUACGCACGCGUAUCAAGAGUGGUGAGGCUAUUAUUGCCAACGCCAACUACCACGACACCUCACCGUACCGCUGGGGGGGCAAGUCAGACAUCGACCUUGCGGUGGACGAGAAUGGACUGUGGGUGAUCUACGCAACGGAGCAGAACAACGGGCGCAUCGUGGUGAGCCAGCUCAACCCGUACACCCUGCGCAUCGAAGGCUCCUGGGACACCACGUAUGACAAACGCUCCGCCUCCAAUGCCUUUAUGAUCUGCGGAGUCCUGUACGUCGUCAAAACGGUCUAUGAAGAUGAUGAUAACGAAGGGACGGGGAACAAAAUAGACUACGUGUACAACACUGACAAGAGCAAGGAGAUGACGGUUAACAUCCCAUUCCCCAAUUCCUACCAGUACAUUGCAGCAGUGGAUUACAACCCAAGAGACAACCUGCUGUACGUGUGGAAUAACUACCACGUGGUCAAGUACUCGCUGGACUUUGGCAACAAUGACUAUCGCCCACCUCCCAUGAUGCCUCCUAACCGAGCAGGGGAAGGAGGAGUAGGAGGAGGAGGAGGAGGAGGAGGUCCAAUAGUUAGUGGAGGUUCUUCCUCUGUAUCUACCAGCCGCACAACCACUAUCCGUUCUCUUCCCUUCUACACCACCCCAAGGCCCCUCCUCACCACCUCCCCCGGCCAGCGGUACCGAACCACAACCACGAUUCGUCAGCCCAUCCUGGUUCCCAUAGGCGGCUCAGCGUCUGACACCAAUCAGAUUCCUGACACCAAUCAGAAAGCUGGAGGACGUGUUCCCCCAGCGCAAGUUCCUCCAGCAGCUCCACAGCCUCCUGCACUGCCUCCACAAGAUUUCUGCAAUCCAAGGUUGACAGCCGACAUAUCAUGGCCCCGAACACAACAAGGCCAGACAGCCAAGCAGCCCUGCCCUGUAGGGACACUGGGUGUGGCCACAUACGUGUGCAUGGCCCACAUGGGCUACUGGAACCCCCAAGGCCCUGAUCUCAGCAACUGCACGUCACCCUGGGUCAACCACAUCAUGCAGAAACUUCGUUCAGGUGAGACGGCAGCAAUUGUAGCCAGGGAGCUGGCUGAGCAGACCAAAGGGCUUCUGCGUCCUGGCGAUGUGCCAUCCACAGUGCGAGCCAUGGCCCAGCUGGUUGAACUGCUGGACGUACAGCUCAGGAACCUCACCCCUGGGGGCAAAGACAGCGCUGCCCGCAGCCUCACAAAGCUUCAGAAGAGAGAAAGGUCCUGCAGGUUUUUCACACAGGCGAUGGUGGAGACGGUGAAUAAUUUGCUGCAGCCACGAGCCCAGGCAGCGUGGCGAGAGCUGCCCACGAGCGAGCAGCUACACUCGGCCACUCUGCUCCUCGACACUGUGGAGACUGGGGCUUUUAUGUUAGCUGACAACCUCCUCAAGACUGACACUGUGCAGGAGUCCAGUGACAACAUCCAGUUGGAAGUGGCCAGGCUGAGCACGGAUGGGAACCUUGCAGACUUGACAUUCCCUCAGUCAGAACUACACGGAAACUCCAUCCAGCUGUCAGCCAGCACUCUCAAACAGCACGGCAGAAACGGUGAGAUCAGGAUGGCCUUUGUUCUGUACAGGAACUUGGGUGCCUACCUGUCGACUGAAAACGCCAGCGUUAGACUGAGCAGCGAUGCGGUCUACCCUAAUUACUCUGUUAUCGUCAACUCCCCGGUCAUCACAGCUUCCAUUAACAAGGAGAGCAACAAGGUUUACCUGUCUGAGCCUGUGGUCUUCACUGUCAAACAUCUGCAGCAUUCAGAAGAAAACUUCAAUCCCAACUGUUCGUUCUGGAGCUACUCCAAACGCACCAUGAUGGGAUUCUGGUCUACUCAGGACUGUCGUCUGCUGGCCACCAACCGCACACACACCAGCUGCUCGUGCACACACCUCACCAGCUUUGCAGUGCUCAUGGCCCAUGUGGAGGUCAAGAAAGCAGACAGCAUGCACGACCUGCUCCUAGAUGUGAUCACCUGGGUGGGCAUCCUGUUGUCGCUGGUUUGUUUGCUGAUCUGCAUCUUCACCUUUUGCUUCUUCCGCGGGCUGCAGAGUGACCGCAACACCAUCCACAAGAACCUCUGCAUCAGCCUUUUCAUCGCUGAGUCACUGUUCUUGGUUGGGAUCAACAGGGCUGACCAGCCGAUUGCCUGUGCUGUCUUCGCAGCCCUGCUCCAUUUCUUCUUCUUGGCAGCCUUCACUUGGAUGUUCCUGGAAGGGGUGCAGCUCUACAUCAUGUUGGUAGAGGUGUUUGAGAGUGAACACUCCAGGACUAAGUACUUCUACCUGGCAGGAUACGGAGUGCCUGCUGUCAUAGUGGCCGUCUCCGCUGCAGUGGACUACCGGAGUUACGGAACUGACCGAGUGUGCUGGCUGCGGUUGGAUACAUACUUUAUCUGGAGUUUCAUAGGUCCUGCCACCCUCAUCAUCAUGCUGAAUGUAAUCUUCCUUGGCAUCGCGCUGUAUAAGAUGUUCCAUCACACGGCCAUUCUCAAACCAGACUCUGGCUGUUUGGACAACAUCAAGUCUUGGGUUAUUGGGGCCAUCGCCCUGCUGUGCCUGCUGGGGCUGACCUGGGCUUUUGGCCUAAUGUACAUCAACGAGAGCACGGUCAUCAUGGCUUACCUCUUCACCAUCUUCAACUCUCUGCAGGGCAUGUUCAUCUUCAUCUUCCACUGCAUACUACAGAAGAAGGUGCGUAAAGAGUACGGCAAAUGCCUGCGCACUCACUGCUGCAGCGGCAAGAGUGUGGAGACGUCCAUCUCGUCGUCCAGUAAGACCACCACCUCGCGGACUCCAGGCCGAUACUCCACAGGCUCACAGGUGAGCUUACCUGCCUGCACACCUGGACGCUACAGCACAGCAGACUCUCAGAGUCGGAUCAGGCGCAUGUGGAAUGACACUGUGAGGAAACAGGAGUCGUCCUUCAUCACCGGAGACAUCAACAGCUCCGCCACGCUCAACAGAGGAGCCAUGGCUAAUCAUCUUAUAACUAAUGCUCUCCUUCGUCCCCAUGGUACUAACAAUCCUUAUAACACUCUCCUGGGGGACUCGGCAGUCUAUAAUAACCCAGCCGUGGGCAUGUACAACACCCAAGCACCUUACCGAGACACAAAGGGCAUCCUGAACAACGCAAGAGACUCCAGUGUCAUGGAUACACUCCCUCUUAAUGGCAACCAUCCCAACAACUACAGCAUGGCCAGCAGUGAGUACUUGAGCGACUGCGUCCAGAUUCUGGACCGCAGCGGUGGCUACGGCACCCACAGCAACCACAAAGAGACAACCCUGGAGAAGAAGAUCCUCAAGGAGCUGACUUCCAACUACAUCCCGUCGUACCUCAACAACCACGAGAGAGCCACGACAGAGCGCAACCACAAUCUGAUGAACAAGCUGGUCAACAGCAACAUGGCCAAUGGAGGGAGCAUGGCAGGAGGCAGCAGCAGCAGCAGCAGCAGCAGCAGUGGAGUCGGCGGCUGUGUGGGCAACAGCAAAGAGGACAAUGGUCCCAUGGUGCUGGACAAUCCCGCAGCCUUCCCUCAUGAGGAGAACCUGGGUUUGGAGAUUAUCAGAGAGGAGUCGAAUGCCCCUCUCCUGCCGCCGCGUCCCCCUCCGCCAGACAGCCACCCUCCUCCACCGCCCCCUCCCCACAGCUUUGCCCGCCCGCGGCGCAUUCCCCAGGAGACGAGCGAAAGCUUCUUCCCCCUGCUGACCAACGAGCACACCGACGAGCACACGCAAUCGCCCAACCACAGAGACUCACUCUACACCAGCAUGCCAGUGCUGACGGACCUCCAGGAAGCGCAGAUGAACGGUUUGACAGACGGAGAGGAGGAUAGCUCAGGGGAGCUCCAGCCCUGUAAGAGUGCGACCGCCCCAGAGCUGGAUGAUGUCUAUUAUAAGAGUAUGCCAAACCUGGGCUCCAGGAAUCACCUUCACGACCUCCAGAGCUACUACCACAUGGGCCGUGGUGAAAGCGAUGGGUACAUGGUGUCCGGGAGCAAGGAGGAGUCUGAUUCAUCACCCGAGGAGCCGCCUGUAGACCCUUCCCACCUGGUUACCAGUCUAUAGAGCCAGUCCAGAGACUUCUGCCCCUCCCCUGUUCCACUGACAUUUCCAACCUUUCAAUGAAAACAUUCUUUGUUUGUUGACUGACAGGCUGAGCUGGCCCGCCCCUGGACUGAUGGACUGGAUUUGACAUAAACUAUGUGGUUCAGAAAAUUGUUGGUCAAGUCAAAGCAGGGACUGAAUGUAUUGUCAGAAGUGGUGCGCGCACACACACACACAAACACACACACACACACACGCACACACACAUGACAGGGCGGUUCUGAGAGACUUUGUGUGAACCUCAAAGACCUGGAAAGGAAAGGACGGGAGAGGGACUGUGUAAUUUUACCCUACCUGUUACAUUUAAAUUGGAAUCUUGGAUUGACUGUAGUCCUACAAAUUCCCCAAUAUGGACCUCUAGCAGAACAUAGCAUAUAGUCUCCACUACUUCCACCACAGGGGCACAAUACCCCCCCCCCCCCCCCAAAGCCCUGAGCCCUGGUUAGAGGAGCUGCUUGUCUGUUUGUCUGUAUGUCUGUCUCUCUGUCUCACUUUGAAAGACACAUGCUGGGAUAACGUUUGCACCUCUCCAAAGGGUAGAGAAGGAUAUUCAGCUCGGGGUGUUCAUAACAUGAAAUUGGCCCCAAAGAUGCCCUGCCCCCACCACAUGCCAAUCAAGUGGAGGAUGUAUGAUAUACGCUCUCACCAGUGACCAUUCCAGAGACUAUUUUACUGGACAACAGGACUGUAACCAUAUCACGCUGAUGUUCUGACUUCUCUUUCUUCGUAUCUGGUAAACUGGAGUUGUGUCUGGGCUGGUGUAACAUUCCUGCGAGUUGUAGUGACUGUGGCUACCAUGUAUUCCACUGAAAACAAACAAAGAGGAAAGACCAUAUUACAAAAGACUUCGUUCAAAAAAAAAAAAAAAGAAGAGAAAAAUAAUAGAUUUUGUUUCUUCUCCUUUCUUCUGUGAAACGUUUUCAGUUAUCAAAGGAUUAUGAGGAAAUCACAAACAGUUUCUAUGUAUUGUACAGAAUACAGAUGCAGAUACAAAUGUUGCAUAAUGACCAAGUCUUUUAUUUUUUAAUUUCAGGUUGCAAACCUUUUGUCUGUGGAACUGUUCUGCAAAGUCAUGACGUGUCCUAGUCACGAGUAGACUCCGGGAUGAGGAAGGAACUGAAUCUGUCAUAUCACUCUUUCGUAAAUACGGAGACAAUUAAGCACCCAUGAAUUAAUACUCAUAUACCCUGCACACAUCCCACUCUGGUCCUUUUAUAGCUACUAUUUCACUCACAUUUUGCAAACCAACUGUCUCUAUAUACUUUACCACUCAUUAGUUUAAAAUAAAAAAUACAAAUAAAAAAUAAAGGGAAACGUAAGUGGCAAAAUUCUGAAAGAGACAGUUAUGGAAAGUUAUGGAAAUGCUACGUUUUAGUAAUUGCUGGAAGUGGGUCUUGUCUCUUUUGUUUUUUUUUAAGUAGGCACACGUAGGAGUCUGGGUGUAAAAAUGGUAUACAACAAUUACAGACAUUUGGAGUAACACAAGGAUGGUUUAUGAAUUAUAUCCUCUCUAUUGCCAAACAUUUUAUUGACAUUAUCUUGCUGUGCUGUUUGAGUUCCUACUCUACGGGAGAAACUAAAUAUCUCUAAACGGAAAGAAACAGAGAGAAUUUCCACUAUUUUGAUUUGAAAACACCACAUGGGUGGUGUGUGUGUGUGUGUGUGUGAUGAAGAUGUGAAACCUGCACACAGCAGCACUGUCCCUAUGUGGAAAAAGCCAAUGUUUACUUAUUUAGGAGGAAAAAAGUUGAUAAAUGUAUGAAGUUUAGCUUGCACUUGUAUCCCACAAGCCCCUUCCAUGUCCCCAAGAGAGAAAUUAUUUAUUUAUCUGUUUAUUGGUUUAAAGUUCGCAAAACAAGCUUGGAGGAAAGGAAGCUGGCUUUAUACAGGAGUAAAUAAAGUGGCACUGGGUUCUUUUUUUUUGUUUGUUUGUUUGUUUGUUUACUUUUUUAAAUUAUUACGUUCAUGAUUAUAAUUACAAUAUUAUUGCUAAUUAUUUAUUCUUUUUGUAUGGGUUCCAAGUUGAAUGAUCUCAUAACUAAUAUUUGUUGUAACAGUGAAAGUUGUUUGCCAACAAAUAAAUUACUGACAUAGCUU